AUGCUACCAACCCUUGGACUCAAUGUAAUACGCACCUUCAGGUCGGUCAACCCAACAUCCGAAGCCCCUGUAACGAAGUCCGCGGCCUCAAACGGAUCAUCUAGGGACUCUCCUGCUUCGUUCACCUCUGCAGCCCCAGUUAAUGCAGACUGCUUUGACUUAGCAUGCCUCUUCUCUGGAUUGAAAACACUUAGUGGCGUGUGCCCAUAUCAAAUGGCCAAUUUGUUUUGCACUCACCUUAUCGGCGGCUCAUUGCUAACUCAAUCAUCCCUUUACGAGCUACAUGGUCGCAUUCUGUCUUCAAUGCUAUGCGUGGCCGACGCUUCCGAACAAUCCAACACUGCCAAUGGUGUGUGCCUGUCUGACGAGCGAACUGGUGACAAUGAUGGUUCCUCGGUCCAACGGUUGAAGAAUGGGACCAGCAUUCUUGAGCAACUGUUCGACAGUUUCUAA